CCGGUUUUCAGUGCAUUGCAUGCAGCCUUGCAGCGGCGCGCACCCCCUGCUGAACGAAGCGCGCGCUCUGGUCACACACACAUGCAUCAGCAGCAGCAGCAGCAGCGGGGCUGGUGACGGGAGCGCGCACGCUGUCUCCGCGCGAGCCUGAGCUGCUCUCGGCUCGUCCCUAGGUUACCUGCACUCACUCACUCACAGCGCGAGCAGCGGGAGCGCGGCGUCGCGAGCGGACCACCGAAAUGGACCGAGUUUUGGGGCUCGCCGUGGUGUCCAGCGUUUUGUGCGUUGGCUCCGUGUUGGGGAAGUACGUCAGAGGCAUCGUCAACACUAAAGAGGACUGGGUGUUCCUUACAAGGUUUUGCUUCCUUACUGAUUUUGGCAGACUGGACUUUAAGUUUCGCUAUCCUAAAUCACGCUGCUGUCAGAACAUAUUGCUGUACUUUGAUGAAAGCUCGCAGUGGCCAGCUGUAUACAAGAGGCCAGAGAAGGACUGCUACCAGAAGGAGGCGGUCCUGAGGCCCGAAAACAACCAAGUCAUUAACCUCACUACCCGCUACACCUGGUCAGGGUGUGUGGUUGAAGGAGAGGGUGAUGAAAUUUUAAGCUGUGUCGGAGGCCGCAGUUUUCGUUCUGUUAGAGAGAGAUGGUGGUAUAUAGCCCUCAGCAAGUGUGGGGGUGGUGGACUUCAGUUAGAGUAUGAGAUGAAACUGACCAAUGGCCAGUCCUUCUGGACACAGCAUUUCUCUGCAGAUGAGUUUGGAAUUUUGGAGACAGACAUCACUUUCUUGGUGAUAUUUGCCACUGUGUUCACUCUCUCCUGUUACUUCGCAUAUAAUCUGAAGGGCAGACAGCUUCUCCAUACGACAUAUAAGAUGUUUAUGACUGCUACUGGAGUCGAGGUUCUUAGUCUGCUCUUCUUCUGUAUCUACUGGGGCCUGUAUGCCAGAGAUGGAGUGGGGAAUGGAAGCCUAAAGAUACUUGGAAAGCUGCUCUUCUCUGUUAGUUUUCUAGUCUUUCUUCUGAUGCUGAUUCUCUUGGGUAAAGGCUUCACUGUCACUAGAGCAAGAAUAAGCCACAGCGGUUCUAUCAAGCUAUCCAUCUACAUGACUGUCUACACAAUCACCUAUAUCAUCCUCUUUAUAUAUGAAGCUGAGUUCUUUGAUCCAGGUGAGGUGCUGUAUGCCUAUGACAGUCCUGCUGGAUAUGGGCUGAUGGGUCUGCAGCUGCUGGCGUAUGUGUGGUUCUGCUAUGCGGUGCUGGUGUCUCUCAAACAUUACCCAGAGAAGCAGCCCUUCUACAUCCCCUUCUUUGCUGCAUACACUCUCUGGUUUUUUGCUGUGCCAGUCAUGGCCCUAAUUGCCAACUUCGGUAUAUCUCGCUGGGCGAGGGAGAAGAUCGUCAAUGGUAUUCAGCUCGGCAUCCACCUCUACGCCCACGUUGUUUUUCUAGCCAUCACACGUCCAUCAGCAGCCAAUAAGAACUUCCCUUACCAUGUACGAACAUCACAGAUCGGUAUCCUGCUGUCCAGCCCUAAAGGAAUGGGGGCAGAGAGCUUCCCUCAUCAUGCCUACGGGAACAGCUCUUUCCUGGGGGACUCCCAGCCAAACUUCACUGAACUUUUCUCCAUUCACUCAGCUCCUGUGAAGACCAUAGAUGAGGCAGUGGGAUGGAAAGGUCAGGAAGUUGCUCGGAACAGCGACCAGAAGAUCAUCACUACCACAGCUGACCUGUCAUCUACAUUCAGCCCGCCUCCUCCACCCAUCCCUCCCCGCAGCUCCACCCACUCUCCGCCCCCUCCCAGACUAACCUCUCAUUUUACAGAAUAUUUCAGCAUGCAGGGAGGAGCAGGGAUGGGCUCUAAAGCAUAGGGCUUUGGAAAAUGUGGGGAAAACACAGAGUGAGAACAUCCAGGUCUGGUUUAAAUGUUGCGUCUAGACUUUAUUUGUGAAAAGAUGCCCACAGAACAACAUGUUCAGUUUCCUGCAGUGAACAUUUGCAGCAGGAUAGGCAGUGUAGGAGCUGUGAUGGGUGGAGAAGUGUUUAAGAUUAUCAUAAAUAUAAUAAUAAGCAAUAAAUAUUCAGCCAGAUGAAGACAUUUUGGAUGUAGAGAGCACAGUUAUAUUAAGAGUGGGAGAUGAAUAGUAUACAGAGUUUAAGAUACAAAGAUUUUAUGUGAGGACAGAGACGUGUAAAUAAUGAACAUUUAGAGUGUACUAGCAGUUUUUUAAAAACACGUAUUCUUUAUUUUCCAUGUGGUGCUGUUUCCAUUUGAACUUUUAUGCCAUUAUUUUUUUUUUACCAGAGCAGUGUAUCAUCUCCCUCCCAACACAAUGCCAAUAUUUUGGCAGAUAAACCUUAGUUUUAAGUAGUGUUGUACAUAGUAUCAAUGGUAUCAAGUGGAUUUUCUAUAAGAAUUUUUUGGUUCGUAGAUCAGUUUUAUGAUAGAGCCAAGAGAGCUGAGUGUAUCUGCUUCCACCUGUUUCCCCCAAUAAUAAUAAUAAUAAUAAUAAUAACCGCACCCCAUUACAAAACAUCUAUCAUCUAUCACCAACCUAAAAUAAUAAAAUAACUGAUUGCACAGGUGUUUCCAAGUUAAGUUUAAGGGUCUCCUAACUUUAACUAUAUUUUUAGUUCAGCAUCUCAGUUUGGUCAACAAGAUAUUAGGAAAUAACAUAUUUUUUAAGAUUUUAGUCCCCAUAAAUUUGCUUACUGUUUAUUCCCAUCUGCAAUAAUAAAAUGUCCUAUUCAAACCACUAACACGGACAUUCUAGAGCUGUAAAUAUACAGCUCUGGAAAAAAAUCAAGAAACCACAUCAGUCUCUGAAUCAGUUUGUCUGAUUUUGCUAUUUAUAGGUAUAAGUUUGAGUAAAAUGAACAUUAUUGUUUUAUUCUAGAAACUACAGAAAACAUUUCUCCCAAAUUCCAAAUAAAAAUAUUGUGAUUUAGAUCCAGAAAAUGAGAAAUGACUGAAAUAACAAAAGAUGCAGAGCUUUCAGACCUCAAAUAAUGCAAAGAAAACAAGUUCAUAUUCAUACAGUUUUAAGAAUUCAGAAAUCAAUAUUUGGUGGAAUAACCCUGUUUUUAAUCACAGUUUUCAUGCAUGUUGGCAUGUUCUCCUCCACCACCUUUUUCUUGAUUUAUUCCAGUGUUUUUUAAUUUGAUAAAAUCAAAGAAACUCAUCUUUUUUAAGUGGUCUCUUAUUUUUUACCAGAGCUGUACAUACAGUGAUGAGUAUUGCACACAGUAUCUGUUAAUAAGAAAGGGUGAAAAGGUAAAUUUACUCUUUUUAGUAGUGUAAUUUCACAGCUCUAUACCGGCCCUAUGGUCUAAAUGCUGCUCUUUUAAUGUGAGGGGAUUAAGUUCAGAUCACAGCCAGAUCCUUUUAAUCUGGGGAUGCCAUUUUUCUAAUCUAGUCCUAAUCUACAGAUAAUAAAGCACUUUUUAUAGGAGUAAUACAUUAAUAAUGCUGUGAAACUGUUUACAGUUGGAAAUAAAGUGAGUAGAUUGAGUUUCACAGCCUAACCAUUUUGCACAAGCUUUAAGCAAUUUAAGCUGCAGCUCAUCUACUAGUGUUUUUGAGUUGAGCUCAACCUAAUAUUUAUUGUUGCCCAAACUCAUUAAAGAUGCUGAACUAAAAAUUUGAGUUAGAAAAAUAAAGUUAACUCAAUAAAUGCUCUGUAAUCUCUGUUAAUUAAUCAUUUUAAGUUUUAAAGUUAACUUUAAAUGUCUUUUUUACAGUGUAGUCGCCAUCACCAUCUGCCUUCUUAGUUUUUAUACACAUUUUUGUCCUAAUAGUUACUCUAAAACCUGAACUGAUAUCUUCCUCUGCUCUUUGGAAUACUUAAGUGCAAGUUGCCUUUUUAGCUGAGGUUCAGCUCUUCUUGCUCAAAUCUUUACAUUGACCAUUAAUGAAAAUAAGAUUUUUUUUUCAAAGCAACUUACAGAAUCAUGAAGGCAGUAUAUUAGAUUGCUUAAUAUAAGGGCAAUUUUAAUGCUCAUUUCCUUCUGCGUGGGUGAUAGAUGAUGUAUUUAUUGCACGUCGGAGCGAGAUCAACACGAGAUUACCUUUAACUUAGACCACAACACAUUUCUGCUGUUUCACAGCAGGUUUGAUAAACAGUAUAGACUUAUGUAUCCUGUCUAUAUAGUUCAAACAGUCCAUGUUUAUGAUUUUAUUCACAUUGAAUGCGCUUAGGGAAACCAUAUGCUGAUGUUUAAAUGUGCAAUGACGAGCUGUGGACACUUAGGCAGUGUUUGUGAACCAUGCAUGUUUUGUGCGCUGUCUUCACAUCUUAUCCAGUGUAAACAGUUGUGCAUAGUUUUCAGAGCUAGCAGUUUUAUGUUCACGCAGCACGUGUUAUAUAGUUUGAAAAGGGAAAAAAUCUAGCAUAUCUCAUAGUUUUCUGAUGCUGAAUGCACCACUGUAGUUCCUAAAUCUCUUCACAGUGCAACAGAAGUCUCUGCUCGUGUCUCAUCAUCACUCAAGUGUGUUAUCUACACUUUUAUUAUUUAUGUUCAUGUGGUAUAGAAUUCACAAUUGAGUAAUUGUGAUUUUAUUAGUUUUGCACUUGAUUUUUGUUUGAUUUUUAGGAAGGAAAUUUAGUCAAAUAAGAAUCUAGAAUCUAGGUUAGAUGCAGCACACCCAUUUGCAUACACUCUUAGGAUACGUUCACAUUACAAGCCACAUUGCUCAAAUCCGAUUUUUUGCUCAGAUCAGAUCUGCUCAGAUCUUGACGGUUCACAUUCACAAACGUAAGUGACCUGUAUCUGUGUGUAAUGUGAACAAAUCUGUCCCUGAAACAUCCUCACAUGUGCAGAUUGAUACGUGUAUGAACGCCGCCUUCUUCACCACCAACAAAAAACGUCAUACUUGAGAGACGACUCGUAGCUUAAUAAAGAUGUGUUAGCAGCUCAUAUGUGGAGCAUCUUUUGCUGAAGUCUGAAGUUCAUGCUCAGGUCGAGGAGGUGAAAAAAGACCAGGCGGUUUGCUUUUGCUGUUUUUGCAGCUAUAGCUGCACAGCUGCACCAAGAGAUUUGUGAGUACAAGAGAGAAGCACGUAGCUCAUGCGUAAAAGCAAAAAGACACAUGAAUUCUGAUUUGACCGUUCACAUUCAUGUCGCGUGUCCAUGAAUCGGAUAUGUAUGAAAGUGUUUCAAAUUUGAUUUGAAAAAAAUCGGAUUUGGCACGUUCACACAGCCAUGAAAAAAUCAGAUCUGAGCCAAAUUGAACAAAAAAAAAAUCCCAUUUGAGUCACUUCAGGCUGGUAAUGUGAACGUAGCCUUAGUCACACCUCUCCAUUAUGUAUAGAUACAUUUUAUUUCUUCUUAAAAUCAAAAGUGGUAUCACUGAAAUAACUUUUUGUAGCACCUAUUAUUUUGAAGUCACUGCAUUAACAAAGCCUUGUAUCUCCAAAAUAGUAACUUGGUAACUGCAACUUAAAUUCAAACUAUGACCAAGUAAAUAGGUUUUAUGCCACAGAAUUCUGGAGAAUGAACUAUUAUGUUAUAAAUUUGACAUAAAUGUUCACACAAUAUUUUGGUAAAUAGAGACAUCAAUCAGCCAUAAUAUUAAAAACAGUUAUAUAUGUUCAAAAACAGAGAUUACAACUCUUGCUUCAUGCAGUUUAAUCAAGUUUAAUCAAAAUUACACACUACCAGUAUGCAUUGCAAUACGCAAGUCUGGUAAAUAUGCAGCCUAUAUUUGUACCGUAAUAGGACAAUAUUUACAGAUUUUCAGUUUGUGGAAAUCUGAAAUCUAGUAAAGAUCAUUUGCCUAAUACCUAAUAUGUGGAUUCAUCAUGACACGAUAAACCAACUUUAAUCACUUCACCAGACAGGGAUUUUAAUAUUGUGGCUUACUGGUGAGAGAACUACUACUGAAAAGAAGACAAGGAACCCUGGAAUGCUUCAUCACCUAAUGCUAUACAGUGGGCUACUUGCAUUUUUAUUGAAUUCAGAAUGUAAACUGUUCUGUAUUUUUCAUAAGCAUAUCCCUGAGAUACACCUGUACUGUACAUGGUAUGUACAUUAUAAGCAGUUUUAUCAGCAGAAGUAUUAUUUAAUAGGCUGUUUGUCUUUAUCAAUUAAUCACACUUGAAUUACAGUAUUAUAUACCAGAGAUUCAGCAGAUGUCAGGGGUUGAUUUGCGGUGCUGAUGCUUGAUGAGUUAAGAUAAGAUAGUCUGAGGAAUUUUGAGCAUGCAGAGAUAUUUAUAUUAGUUAGAUUAAAUAAAAAGAGGAUAUUUACUGUUGAAGUAAAUACCAAUUCUCCCUAGUAAAAAAGCAAAUUCCCUGAAUAUUAUAAAUCUGAAAAAAAGCCUGUUCACUAAAGGCAAUCUUCAGCAGCCCCUCAGAAUUUACCACAGCAGUAUAAACACUGAAUAGAUGCUCUAAAUGUGGCAUUACUUUAUCUUCAUUAAGCUACGAAUAGUUUUCUAAAGCACACGCGCCAGAAUAAGUCAUUCAGAGAGCAAAGGAAAAAGGAGAAACAUUUUAGGAUCCAUAAAGAAGCUUUUAAUACUCUCGUUACUUAAGGAGACAUCGUUUAAAAGUUCUGUAUGGAACUAAAUGUGCCUCUGGUGGUGAAUUUAGAGCAAUUUACACACAAUCAUGUUACAUAAUAAGAAUGUAAAGGUAGCAUCUUGCCUAUAGACUCUUAUUGGUACACGGUGAUGUGCUUACUCAGACAGAGAAUCACAAUCUUGUGUCACAGGGAAGGCAGUGUAGUUUCCCACUACAUCACACCAUCACUAUGGCUUCAAUUUGUUUAGUUUUUCUGGCACUUACAAAUAGAGUCUUAAGCAAAGGUUUUAAAGGUAAAUAAGUUCAUAUCCUCUAAAGAGAAAACAUACAUUCACAUUCGAGUAAUCCAGAAGACUAACUUGUGGCCACUAUGAUCUGAAAAUUGGUUUGGUUUGAAUCCCAGUCAUGCUGCUUGCCAUCAGCAGUCAGAGUCCGAGAGAGCACAAUUGGCCAUGCUCUCUCUGAGUGGAUAGAUGGUGCUCUCUACUCUCCAGCGUGGUGCAGGCCACAGAGUAGGCUUGCUUCACAGAUCUGAAGAUUGGUUUGAAUCCCAGUUAUGCUGCUUACCAUCAGCAGCCGGAGUCAGAGAGAGCACAAUUGUCCAUGCUUUCUCAUUUCCAUACGGUGCUGGCCACAGAGUGCACUGGCUACUCAGUGAUGAUGUGGUGGAUGGCUUCACAUAUCUUCCCCCUUCUAAAGUUGGGCAUUACUUGCAAUAGAGAGGGAAUACUAAUAACAGGGUGGAGCAAUUGGCCUUGGAAAAAAUGGGGCAAAAAGUAGCUCAAAUUAUAAAAUUAAUUAAAUAAUGUAUGUUUUAAUGCAUUUUUUGUAGAUAAAUUCAGAAAAUAAAUUUUGCUGUAAAAUGUGCAGUGAAAUGCCACAGUUAAGUUUCCUGUAAAGGACUGUAGCACCUUGUUAUAAUAAUUUCUGGAUAUAUUAAUUUUAUUUGUCAUUGGGGAUUAAUUACACUGUUGUAGUUCAUAAUGCGUAAUACUUUAUUACAUUAUUGGUCAUUUCGAGCCACAUUUCCAGGUUGAUCUUUUGAUCAAUUUUAAAAGUUUUUGAGAUUUUUAGGUUUGAUAUAUUUAGAUAUGUAAAUGUUUUAGAUUUUGGUUUUGUUUAAUAUCUAAUAUGUAUUAAGAUUUUAUAGCAUUAUCAUUGUCCAAUCAAGUAUUUGUAAUACCAUUUAUUACAUGAUUAGUCAUUUAUUAUAUUUCGAGGUUGAGCGAUUUUAAUACCUUAUUACAUUAUUAGGUUUUAGUUAGUUAAGCGCAGUUUAUUUGCAGUUUCAUUUAUAGGAUUAUUUAAUUAUUGGGAAAUUAUUACAACAUAAAGUGCUACAGGGAUUUAUACACAUUGUUUUAUUAACUAAACAGUAAAAUAUGUUAAUUUGUAUAGGGAUACCAAAACCUUUGAAUGAGACUCUAUCUAGUAUUUAUUAUUUGAUUUUUUUUAGGAGUUUAAUUUAAAUGUUUAUUUUAUUGCUGAGCAUUUGUGAGAAAUCAAGAAGCUCUCAUGAAUAAAAUCAGUUUGUACGUGAAAUAUAAAGAUCCUCAUGUUUACAGUAACUUCAAAAUAAUCCCAUAAAUCACUGCGCCUUUAAAACAUCAUGUAGCUUUAAAUCCGGAUGUCAGGAUUCAUCUCAGACUGGAGGCUUAGCUACUGAUAGACGUGACACUUCAAACGCCGAGGCAGAGACGGAGAUUAGAGACAAGAACGUCUGAAUGUAUGACUGAAGACAGCACAGCCCACCUGGGAGCACAGCAGAAAGAGCCAGUAAAGAGCACAUUUGUUGCACUGUUCAGAACAAAUGCAUUUUAAUAGUGUUAAACAAAUAAAUGACAUAAAUCUGUUGUACAUACUCUUUUUGCCAAAAUAAAUUAGUCUGGUUUAAUAA